AAUAGCAUUCCUUUUAGUAUAUAUCUAUAUAUAUGUAUGAGUAUGAGCUUGUCCUCAUCAUGUGUGCUCAUGCUUUAGAGUGCCUUCGCAAACCCAUUAACUGAGUUGUGAGGGCGAAUGUGACAGAAAGCACAAAGAUGGUGAUGAAGCAGUAUCAAGAAGAAGCAGCAGUACCAGUGAGUCCUAUUGGACAAUACUUCAACAGCUCUGUGCUCUGUAUUUACGUUGUUGGCGUUUUGGAAUUCGAGGUUCCUUUCGAUGAAUCACAAGCCAUUCCUCUCCUGACGCGCCUCUUUCUUCCUGUCAAUCCUCGCUUCUCCUCCAUCAUGGUUGAAGACAUGAGUGGGAAGAAACAAUGGGAGAAAGUGGAAGUCAACUUGAAAGAUCAUGUUAACAUCCCUUCAUUCCCUGAAUGCGAGCCAGAUGAAUUAUAUGACAAGUAUUUUUCGGAUUACAUGUCCAAAAUAGCAUCAGAGAAGCUUCCAGAGAACAGACCAUUAUGGGAAAUUCACAUCGUGAAUUACCCUACAAGCAGUGCGGCAAGCAGCCUCAUAUUCAAACUCCACCACGCUCUUGGAGAUGGCUACUCUCUGAUGGGUGCUCUUCUUUCUUGUCUUCAAAGAGCCGACGAUCCCUCACUUCCCUUGCCUUUCCCUCCCCUCAAACCUGCAAAAUCUCAUCGCAAAAGCUUCUUCAACAGAUUUUCUUUGGCCAUGUCAUCAGCCUUCCAUACUUUCGCUGAUUUUUGGGGGAGCAUAUCGAAGAGCAGUGUCAAUGAAGAUGACCAAACACCAAUCAGGUCUGGAAUUGAAGGACCUGAGAUUCCUCCAUUCACUGUAUCAACCUUGGAAUUCUCCCUUGACCAAAUCAAACUCGUCAAGUCCAGGCUAAUUGGAGCGACAAUAAAUGACGUGAUUACUGGGGUUAUUUUCUUUGGGAUUCGCUUGUACAUGCAAGACGUAGACAUCAAAUCCAGGGCCGCAAACUCCACUGCGUUGGUGCUGAUGAACACAAGAAACAUCGAAGUCUAUCAAUCUGUCGAUGACAUGCUCAAGUCUAAGGCCUCUUGGGGGAACCAUAUUUCCUUCUUCCAUGUGCCGAUUCCAAAGUUAGAAGAUGAUAGGAUUUCAAAUCCACUAGAAUUCAUCUGGGAAGCACACAAUAUAAUCAUCAGGAAGAAACAAUCCGCGGCCGUUCUCCUCGCCGGCAUGCUUCUCGAAAUGAAGAGAAAAUGGAAAGGAUAUGAGGUUCGUAUGGAUACAUCUCAUUAAAUUAAAUAUGGUGUCUACUUAAG